AUGCCGUCGCCGCGCGUCCUGGCUGUGCACGCGCCGUUCACGGCCCUGCCAGCGUCGGUGCGGGAGUCCAAGUGCCGCGUCGUCUAUCUGUGCCGAGACCCCAAGGACGCUUUUGUCUCGCUCCGUCACUACGUCGACAAGAUCAAGCCAGAGGGAUCUGCCUUGACGCCAUUCGCCGAGGCGUUCGACCUGUUCUGCGACGGCGUGUCACCAUUCGGGCCGGUGUGGGACAACAUGGCCGAGUACUGGAAGGAGAGCAUGGCGCGCCCGGAGGAGGUGAUGUUCCUCCGGUACGAGGACCUGAAGAAGGACGCUGUGGGGAGCGAGGCAGAGAGAGGCGUGCCAGUGGCGAUUGUGGAGCUGUGCAGCAUAGACAAGAUGAGGAGCGUUGAGGCCAACCGGGACGGGAUGCACCGGAACGACCAUUUGUCGAUCAAGAAUUCGGCCUUCUUCCGGAAGGGGGAGGUCGGGGAUUGGAAGGCGCACAUGACGCUGGAGAUGGCGAGGAGGUUCGAUGACAUCGUGGAGGAAAAGCUACGAGGAUCUGGGCUCUCCGUGAUCAGCCAGCCAUGA